AUGAUUGCACUCAAGGCGGUAUCCUUGGCUCUGGCUGCCGUCUCGUACAUCGUGCUAAUAUUGACAAUGAUGUGCAAACGAAACCCGCAGAAAGGAUUCAUUGUGACAAUAUUCGGUUGGUUAACUGCAGGAGCAUUGUUAUUCAGUCUCGUAGGUGUCACAAUCCAGCGGCAUCCAAUAGUACAACCACGAGAGUCACCGAGGUAUACACAAAGCUACUUCUACGGUAUUAUAGCUGGAGGUUUGUAUAUGUUUAUUGCAGUUUUACUGUCAGCUUAUACUGCCACUGCGCGCUCAGCUUCCUUAAGUCGUCAAGACAGGCGAACAGUCGAAUAUACAAGCAUCAUCCUGCGAACUAUAACUUUUAUAACCUUUCUCACAGGUGGUGCAGGUGUGUACAGCGCUGUUGAAGGGUGGUCAUUUAUGGACGCAUUGUACUUUACCGACUACACCGUUCUCACUAUCGGAAUCGGGAAUAUUGUCCCUAAGACACAUCUCGGAAGAAGUCUGCUAUUCCCGUACGCUACUAUCGGAAUUAUUACGUUGGGUCUCGUUGUUAACUCCAUAAGAUCAUUUGGGAAAAGCAUUAGACGUAUGAAACUUAGGUUGGAGCUCCAAGAAGCGCGCAGCGAGCUUCUGAGAGGGAAGAACUCAACAGGACCGACACAUAACGAACACAGUGACAACAUAACAUUAUCCAGCAUACUAUCCACAGCUACAUUGCCUCAAACGAGUGACGUGGUGGAACUUCAGCGCAUCCGAUCUGAUUUCCACCGAAGGGUCCAAUUGAAGGCCCUUCUUUUUUUCAUCCUGGCAUGGUUUGUCCUGUGGCUUCUCAGUGCCGCGGUAUUUCGUCGGUCGGAACGCAGCGAGAACUGGACGUACUUCACAGCUCUUUACUUUACAUACACGUCACUAACCACCAUUGGCUAUGGAGACUUUUAUCCUACCAGCAACUUUGGCAAGGUUUUCUUCGUCUUCUGGUCGCUGCUUGCUAUUCCCGUUCUGACCAAUCUUGUCACUGCCAUGGGCGACAUAGGUGUGCGAACCGCUGUCUACUUUGCUGGCUAUAUUUUGAGACUAGGCAAAUCGAGAAACAGGGGGCGUAGUGAGAAGAGCGGGUCAAAUCCAGGAUCCCGAAGCAAUUGUAGGGAUAUCGAAAAACAUGCUCAAUGGUCGUCAAAGUUGAGCAAGCGGUCCAUGGACCUAAGUACAAUAGGAACAACGAGCACUUUUGCGGCUAACGAGCUUCAGUUGUCACGAUCAGUGAAUGAAACUGGACAGCACAUGCUUCUAAUGGCCGAAGAAAUUAGGAAGCUCGUAACAGCGCUUAUGGACGGAGCCAGUGAGCAGGACCCUCGUCGCGAUUGGCCGUGGGUCCUCUCCCUACUGCAUUCACGAGAUGGCGAGGCGAGUAGUUCAGUCGUACCCGUUUGUCCCGAAAUUAUGAAUCAUAGCACACUAGGCGCGAGUGAGGGUUUUAUCAGCAAGGAAAAAGCAGCGAUGGAGAAGAAUAAUGAAACUUUGCUGAUGCUCAAGUUGUUGACAGAGAAGCUGUGUGCGGAUUUGAGGAAGACUGAAGCGAAUGCAGUUUAG